AUGGUGCGUCGGAAGGUGUCGUCGUCCGUGGACGCGCGCAAGUCGGACCGCCGGUUCUCGGACUUUCCCGAGGGAGUCGCGAUGCCGCCGAGCAUGUCCUUCCUCGAGACGCAGCGCAUCAACGCGAUGCAGAUGGAGAUCUACGGCUUCGCCGGCUGGAUCGCGUCCAUCGUCGUCUUUGCAUGCUACCUUCUCUGGGCGUAUCUCCCGGAUAGCGUCCUGAACCAGUAUGGCAUCUCGUACUACCCGUCGCGCUACUGGGCUGUCGCGCUGCCCGCGAUGCUGUGCAUGUCGAUCUUCAUGGUGCUCAUCAUCUAUGUGGCCAUCAACCUCCUCUCGACAGCGCCCUUGGACUCGUACAACACGAUCCGCGACAAGUACACGGUCACGAUGGCCGACGAAGACAUCCAGGCGCAGCGCUCGGUCAACACGCCGGCCUUCACCGACAUUCCGCUCACGUCUAUCAAUCGCGUUCUCUUUAGCUAA